GGACAGGAGAUUGUUGAAGCCACCUAGUCGGAGAUUUGGAUAUGAGGUGCUUGAAUCCAAGUCUUAACUCGUAUAUUCAACUCGAAACGAUAUACAAUUAUCGAUAUACAAUUAUAAUUAUAUUCGUAUUAUUUGACUGGAAUAAUGUGCAUGUGAUUUUAGGUUAUGGGACGUGAUAAGGAUGCGAAAUUAAAUUUUUGUGCAAAAGCUGCUGUUUGUCCCAUUCCGCCGGAGUUGAAAGCUCAACGUUUUAAUCGAGCCAGUAAGCUUCGACGUCAAUUGUUGUUAGACUUGAUCAUGUUUAUUCGUUACUAAUUAAGCCAUUCUCAUCAUUAUGGCCCUGAUGAAAAACACGACUGGUGCGGUGUUAUUAAUCCUUUCAUAUGUGGUCUACGGGGUCGCAGCUCGUAACCCGCCAAAUGAUAAUGUUGGUCUCUGUUCCUGUCACGAGGCGGCGUGCGUGCCGUUGAGUCAGUGUCCUCGUCUGCAAAGCUUGGCCAAAAGUCGUGAUAUAGAGUACACGAUCUGCGAGAAGACCGGCGCUUCCAAGAAAUAUUGCUGCCUGCCAUCCAAUGUUUGCUCGAAAUUAGAUCAUCGAAUUUCAGAAAACCAAGUUAGCACCGUUGGAAAUGAUGCAAAAACUGUGGCUGCAAAUGCCUUACCUAUCACCGAAGAGACGAAUGUUUGGGUUAAGACGACGGAAGAAAACGACGGAGUAUUUGCCGUAGAAAACUAUUCAGAUGCUGACACAACGAAGCUGAAUGCCGGCGCCUUCUCGACGGAGCCGAAUGUCCGCGCCUACUCGACGGAGCCGAAUGUCCGCGCCUACUCGACGGAGCCGAAUGUCCGCGCCUACUCGACGGAGCCGAAUGUCCGCGCCCACUCGCCGGAGCCGAAUGUCCGCGCCCACUCGCCGGAGCCGAAUGUCCGCGCCUACUCGACGGAGCCGAAUGUCCGCGCNUUCGUGUAUUAG